AUGGAAAUGAAAAGUCUAGACUUCUACAAUCACGAUGCCUACUGCAGUGCCAAAUGUCAGAGUCGUAACUACAUAGCCUCUAAAAACUUCGCCAGUGAUCUAACAACGUUCAGUCAAGACCUUCUAAACGGAUCGGCGUCAACAUCGAACAACUUCGACGUCAAAGAUGAUAUCAAUUCA